AUGGCCGAUACACUGCAGGUGUCCAACAGCAGCCAGAUGACUGGGGUACAUGAAAAUGCUUCAUUUAGCUGUGCUAAAGACAAUGCCUACUACACAAAUACCAUAGGUAUUGUGGUAGACUGGGUGAUAUUCCUUGUAGGACUACCUGAGGUCUGCCUGGCCUGCUACGCUCUCCUGCAUAUACUCAAAAAGGACAAAGCAGCUCCGAUCUUCGCCUUAAACCUGCUCCUGUCAGACCUCAUCCAGAUUGGGAUCACAAUUAUCUUUAUCAUAAGCAGGUUUUUCGAUGGCACCUUUCAGCCCUUCGUCAGAGCCCGCUGCAUCGCACGAAUGUUUGUCCGCUUGGGCCUGACCUCCAGUUUGGGUUUCAUGCUGCUGAUUUCUGCAGAGAGGUAUUUAAUGGUGGCCUGUCCAUUCUGGUACCGCACAAAUAACACUUCAAAGUUUGCCUUUCUCAUCUCACUUUGCAUGUGGACGCUUUCACUGGCCUACUGCAUUCUAGAUUACGUCUUCCUUGUCCACACCACAUUCUCCGUGUUGCUGUUCUCCAUCAUCUGCCUCCUUCCUGCCCUAUUUGUUGUGCUUUUCUUCACAGCCACAUGGAAAUCCCUCAAUAAGAGUACGGCCAUGAGACAUGAAACGAAGAACAAGAGCAAAGUUUUGGGAAUUCUGGGUCUGGUGUUGGGGACGUACAUAGUUUUGUUUGUCCCCUUCAGUUUCAGGAACAUAUACUAUUCUCUGAAAGGUGACAAUGCUGCUGACACAGAGGACUCGGUGAGGGAUUUGUCCGAGGUUGUAACCAGCGCUCUGGUCUACCUUAGCCCUCUCAUAGACUCUUUAAUCUAUGUUUUUAUUAGGAGAGACAUAAGGGACACAGUGGAAGCAUUUCCCUGCUGCAAAAGACCUCUGAUGAAGCUUAACAAGUGGCGGGACAGUCUAACAGCCAAAUCCCAGACAACAACGGCCUUAGAGCUAAGUUAA